GGUAGGCGUGUGGGGGCGGAGCCAGGGCCGGAAGUAGAACGGUGGUGGUGGCGGCGGCGGCUUUGGCAAGUCGGGACUGAGUGCAAGUAACAUAGAAGCAGCAUGAUUCUUCAGAGACUCUUCAGGUUCUCCUCUGUCAUUCGGUCAGCAGUCUCGGUCCAUUUGCGGAGGAACAUUGGUGUUACAGCAGUGGCAUUUAAUAAGGACCUUGAUCCUAUACAGAAACUCUUUGUGGACAAGAUAAGAGAAUACAAAUCUAAGCGACAGACAGCUGGAGGACCUGUUGAUACUGGUCCAGAGUAUCAGCAAGAUCUGGAGAGGGAGCUUUUUAAGCUCAAGCAAAUGUUUGGUAAAGGAGACAUGAAUACCUUCCCCACCUUCAAAUUUGAAGAUCCCAAAUUUGAAGUCAUAGAUAAACCCUCGGCCUGAAGAAAUAAAGUAAAAUUAAUCUGGUAAUUUGUCAUGGGUUAGUUAUACAACUAGUUAGAAGUUUCAGAAUAAACAUACAUUUCACAACUGUCAAAUGUCCUUUUAAUUCUGAGUCCAAAUAAAUUGUUUGGUGAUGUUGA